AUGUCACGCCACAGAGGAUUCAGGCGAGAACGGAGUCGAUACCGUUCCUUCAAUAAUAACGAUUACGAAGAUGAUGACAGAGAAACCAACGGAUCUACUCGAGGAAGCCGCUAUCCCAAAGAUAGUCGAUAUAGCCAUAAUGACUCUGGCAACUCGCAGAGCUCUUCAGUCAGACUCUCAAGAGUACCAUCUGGAGAAAGAUCACCCAGCAUUGCCUCAGGCCACGGCUUCAAACUGGAGACUCCAGAUAUCACCUAUCUGAAUAUCCCGGGAACUGAUCCUGUGACAGGAGAAAACAGUGCCGACAAGAACUUCACCAAACUUUUGCAUCACAUCGACUUUUUAGGAAAGUUUCCCCAAAGCAGAGACACAGACGUAAGGAAAAAUUACCGUGUAGUGUAUGAUCCCGAGCUUGACAAGAGUCUCACGAAAGAAGAACGUAAGUCUAGAACUAAAAAAAUCAGGUUCAACGGUGAGUCGCUUCCGUUUCUGGAAAGAACCGAUCCUAGAACAGCAAAUCUCCAGUUCUAUUUCCAGAGACCAAACAAGAAAUCAAAGAAAUUCCCCUUUAAACAAUUGCCUCAACCUAAAUUUGCCUUUGACAAAGAUUCAUUGGGUCCAGCUCCGCAAACUGAGCUUGUAGUCUGGGACUUACCAGCUACAACUAAUGAGGUAUAUUUGACUAAUUAUUUUAAGAGCUAUGGUGAUCCUAUUCAAGACAUGAAAUUCGUUAACGACCCAAUAAAUGCCGUGCCGUUGGGUAUUGCAACGUUCAAAUUCCAAGGACCUCCAGAGAAAGCUAUGAGAUUGGCUAAGAAGCUUAUCAGCAUUAUCAGAGUAGAAGGAGCUAAAGUAGAUGGAGUAGACCUCAGAAUUGCAUUAAACGAUAAUGAUAACAACUUGUUGAAGAACAAGAUCGAUUUGGCUCGUGAUAAACUCCGUGCUAGCAGGCAAAAGCGAGAAGAGGAAGAAAGAAGAAGGUUGAGAAGACAACAGGAAGAAGAACGAGCCAAAAGAGAUGAAGAACGCAAGGCUGCUGCUGAAUCCAAAAGACGAGAAGAAGAAGCUAAGGUGGAGAAGCUUCAACAUCAAAAGACAUCUGGCAAGAACCAUUCUAAAUUCAAACCCAACACUAGCACGCUUUCAAUUAGGCACCACAAUAAAGUUGUACCGGGCGUUUUCUUGCCAAAGGAAUUGGUCAAAUACAUCAAAGAUCGUCCCUAUAUCGUUAUACAUGACAAAUACGUUUCUGCCAAGAAGGUUUCGUCUCAGGAUAUCAAACGUGCUUUGAACAAAUACGACUGGACAAGAGUAUUGUCGGACAGAACUGGUUUCUUUAUUGUGUUCAACAGUUUGAAGGAAUGCGAACGAUGCUUCUUUAAUGAGGAUGGAAAGAGGUUUUUUGAAUUCAGACUUUACAUGGAACUUGCUAUUCCAGAAGGUUAUGACACUAGUUCUAUAGAGUCCGCUGAGGACCUUCUAGAGCUUCAAAACAAGAAACACGACAUCUUGGAAGAAGCAACCAAUAUUUUGAUUAAGGAAUUCGAAACCUUCUUGGCUAAAGACAUUAGAGAGAGAAUUAUUGCUCCAGCUGUUUUAGAUUUAUUGAGCCACGACAAGUACCCCAAAUUGGUUGAGGAACUUAAAGCGAAGGAAAAUGCUUCUAAACCUACGUCGUUUGUCAGCACAAACGAUCAGCUCAAACAGUCUGCACUUUCCAUUCUUGCCGGACGCAAAUCGCAACAGUCUCAAUCUCUACCCUCGUUCAAAAAGAAGGUAGAAUCUCCUACCAAGAAUAAACCACUUAGGAAGAGUCUCAUUCCCAUGCAACAUGCUCUUAACUAUGAUCAUGACUCAGAUGAAGAGGAUGAAGAUGAUUCUAGUAGAUCUGCUACACCAGCUGCGCUGAUCUUAAAAAGAGAACGUAGUUCUACUGUAACAACAGUAAACAAUGAAGAUAAUGAAGAGCAACCGUCCAAGAAACAGAAGACUGGGUUGCAAAAAUCUUUCUUAUACGAGUCUUCUUCAGAUGAAGAGAUGGAGGAUGAAGAUGUUUCAGAUGGUGCCGCGUCUACAAUGGUAAUUAAUACAGAGGAGCUAGAAUUAAAGGAUGAGGGUGAUGUAAAGAAGGAAGCUGAAGAUAAAGCAGAGGAGGACAUUGAUUACUCCAAAUUUGAAGCUAGAUACCAUCCUACGGAACGGAAGCCUUACACAGUGUAUGCUGAAACGAACUUGUUACCCACUGAUAACUUCAACUUGGAUGUCUUACAGGAUGUGCUUAAAGAUGAAGAGGAUAUCAAGUUGGCCAAGGAAGUGUUGCAGGAAACCAAUCCGCCUUCGUCUGACAUCAGAAACAUUGAUUACUGGGCUUGGAAACAAAAGGAUAUCAGUGGUGCUUCUCAAGAAAUUGUUGAAGAUGCUGAAUUGAUUGAAAAGUUGGACUCGCGACUUGAAUCACAAUCAGGAGCUUUCAGAAGCGAUGGUUAUAGAAGAAUUCCUGAUGUUGACAAGAUUGAGUAUUUGCCACACCGUCGUAAAGUUCAUAAGCCACUUCAAACAGUACAGCAUGAGGAAGUGGAAGAAGAGGCUGGUAAUAGAAAUAAUGAAGGUACCAAUAGUGCUAUCCAAAGUUCACGUGUCAACCGUGCCAACAAUAGAAGAUUUGCUGCGGACAUUACAGCUCAGCUUGGUAAUGAAACCGAAGUGUUGAGUUUGAAUACGUUGACCAAGAGAAAGAAGCCGGUGUCUUUUGCCCGUUCUGCCAUUCAUAACUGGGGAUUAUACGCCUUGGAGCCUAUAGCUGCUAAGGAAAUGAUUAUCGAGUAUGUUGGUGAGAGUAUUAGACAACAGGUAGCAGAGCAUCGUGAGAAGAGCUACUUGAAGACUGGUAUUGGGUCGUCGUAUCUUUUCAGAAUCGACGAGAACACGGUCAUUGACGCAACAAAGAAAGGAGGCAUUGCUAGAUUCAUCAACCAUUGCUGUAGUCCUAGUUGUACUGCUAAGAUUAUCAAGGUAGACAAUCAGAAGAGAAUUGUCAUUUACGCCUUGAGAGAUAUCGAUGCCAACGAAGAAUUGACCUACGACUACAAAUUCGAGAGAGAGACCAAUGAUGCUGAGAGGAUCAGAUGUUUGUGUGGAGCACCUGGUUGUAAGGGCUAUUUGAACUAA